AUAAAUUCGUCAGCUGGCGUGAAACACAUUCUCAGUAAGUGCCGGUAACUGCAGGAGAAACAGAGGGAGGAGAAGAGAGAGAGCAAAGGCAUCAAGGGGAAGACCAUUGCACUAAAAGGCUACAGAACUUGUUUGCCUGCCUCUCAAAGAUUGUGAGGUCUGACUGCCAGACACUGUCGACCACACUUUUCCUCUUGUCUGUCUGCUAUCCUACUCCUUGCAGCAAUGGCACCCACUCUAGCCACGGCAUUCGCCCGCCGCUGGUGGAUGGCGAUAACAGCCAUCAUUGAAAAUCUGCUCUUCUCCGCUGUCCUGCUGGGUUGGGGCUCCUUACUCAUCAUGCUGAAGUCUGAGGGCUUCUAUUCAUACCUCUGCACAGAUCCAGGAAAUAGCUCAAAGGCAAACUUCUCCUUACCAGCUUCGAAUGAUGCAGAAUUUGACUAUGACGAGUUCCAGCAUGACGGCGGGGUGGAGGCAGUCCCUCUAAAACAUCCGGAGGACAAUCUGAGGAUGAACGGCUGGCUCAUCUGUAAAGAACAGGAUGAGAUGCUGAAUUUGGCCUUCACCGUGGGCUCCUUCCUCCUCAGCGCCAUCACACUCCCUCUUGGAAUCGUCAUGGACAAAUAUGGCCCACGCAAACUCCGUCUGCUUGGAAGUGCCUGCUUUGCCCUCUCGUGCCUUAUGAUUGCUUAUGGAGCCAGCAACCCAAAUGAUCUGUCCGUUUUGAUCUUCAUUGCUCUGACCUUUAAUGGCUUUGGAGGAAUGUGUAUGACCUUCACUUCACUUACGCUGCCCAACAUGUUUGGUGACCUGCGUGCCACGUUCAUCGCACUCAUGAUCGGCUCGUACGCUUCCUCAGCCGUCACCUUUCCUGGGGUCAAGGUGAUCUAUGACCUUGGUGUGGCCUUCAUCACGAUUCUGGUGAUCUGGGCAGGUUGUGCAGGCCUCGUCUUUAUCAACUGCUUCUUCAACUGGCCCUUGGAGCCAUUCCCUGGACCAGAGGACAUGGACUACACUGUCAAGAUCAAGUUCAGCUGGCUGGGAUUUGACCAUAAGAUUACAGGAAAGCAGUUUUAUAAGCAGGUGACGACAGUGGGCAAGCGUCUUAGCGUGGAUAACACUCAGAAACAGAAAGAGCUUGCCAAGGAAGGCCAAAAACUCUGCUUGUCCACCAUGGACCUGGAACUGCAAUGUGAAGCCAAGGAGGAAACUCAGUCAUUCAUGAAGAGCAUUUUCAGCCCUCUAUUCAUGUUGAGUCUGGUGACUAUGUGUGUAACUCAACUGCGUCUCAUCUUCUACAUGGGAGCCAUGAACAACAUCUUGGAGUCCCUCAGUGGAGGAGAUCUCAACACAGUGAGCCUCUACACAUCUAUUUUUGGCGUGAUGCAACUCUUGUGCUUGAUGACGACGCCGGUCAUUGGUCAGAUCAUGGACUGGAAGCUGAAAGAAUGCGAUGAUGGAGAAAAUGAAAAAGAACCCAACAAGGAUGAGCCCCAGCCCAAACGCAGAGACAGACAGAUUCAGAAAGUCACCAACGCCACACGGGCCUUCGUCUUCACCAACAUCCUCCUCGUCGGCUUUGGCGUCACCUGCCUAAUUCCCAACCUCCCUCUUCAGAUGCUCUCCUUUGUCCUCCACACCAUCGUCAGAGGCUUCAUCCACUCCGCCGUCGGUGGACUUUACGCCGCUGUGUACCCAUCGUCUCAGUUCGGCAGUCUGACGGGAAUGCAGUCAUUGGUUAGCGCUCUGUUUGCUCUGCUGCAGCAGCCUUUGUUCAUGGCCAUGAUGGGACCACUGAAGGGAGACCCGCUCUGGGUGAAUGUUGGUCUGCUGGUUGUCAGCAUGCUGGGCUUCCUGCUACCUCUCUACCUGCUGUACUUCAGGAAAACCCUGCACAAAAAGAGGAAGGAGAAAGAAAACGAUGCUAAAAUCUAUCUCAAAAUCAACGGCACUGACGUACCAGAGGCGUUUGUAUAAAGAAAGCAAAUAAAGGGAAAAACAAAGGCAUGAGAGAAUCAUCACAGCUACGCAAAAACACAAACGCAGAGACGAUUUAUUGAGUCACUCAGCGGACGAAAAGACGAAUGAGGCAGAAAGCAACAUGGGAAAUUUGGCAUCCCUCUUCUUCCCCAUUUUAUUUUAAUUAACACUGAUAUUUUAUAUUAUGCAUUUACACGUGAUAAAGUUUCAACCCUGACUGUUUCCCUAUAAAACCAGGCGCAAGCAUGAUUUUUUCUCUACAUCGUUUAUGCCAACUAGAUGUUUUUGAGGAAGUCUGAAGCCAGCCUGGCCUGCACAGAUGGAGUAAUGAUGCCAAACUUCACAAGGGAUUUCAAUGUAAACCAUUAUAGCCACAGUAUCACUAACAAUUGUGGUGCAAUGCAUUUGCAUUUACUAAAGACCACAUUUUUAGUCAUAAUGAUCCACAAAGGGCCUUUUACACUUUUCUAUGAAAUAAUGUUGUAUUUAUGACACAGUUGCAAUAUGCAUUUCAGGUUGUAUAUAUGUUUUUACACUACAUGCGCAUGAGAUGCAUGCAUAAAAAAGGCUGAAAUGCUUAUGAUCUGCGAGGUGAUGGCUGAAAGCUGAGGCGCAGAUGUCAGCACUUUAAACACGUCCCAUAAACCCCCUCAUGACCCUUAGUUCCCUUUUUCUGUCUUUCUUUUACUAACAUUCUGUGACAUUUCAGAGUGUGUUAAGAGUCAUUUAUGUGUCACUGAUCAUAAGAUCGACUUAUAAUGGACCUCUGAAGUAAAAUAUCAUUUAGAAAGCACAAUUUAACUCACAAACGUGCCUUUUGUACGGUUUACAGUGAGGUUAGCGAUGCUGAUGAUAGCUGAUGGGAGGACUGGAGCCACUGUGGAAAUGUUUUGGUGUUGUGUGUAAUGUAUUUAUUUCUUUGAAAUCUAACAGACCAUACGGACAAUGCAGGCUUAUUUGCAGAGGUUUUUAUAUUAACUUACAUCUCAGUGUUGCAGUGGCUGGUUGUUUGUUUGUUUGUGUGUUUAAUUGUUUUUCAAAAACCUUCAUGUAUUGUUCUGUAUGGCGUUACUGUUGAGGAUUAUAUUCAAUAAAAUUUUUAAUUAUU